CCCCUUUUGUCACUCACAACCAACAGUCAAUGGAUUUCAAUUCAUCGCUUGGAUGAUUAAUUAACUCUCUUCUUACGCUCGUUAUCUGUUAAUUUUGUUCGUUAAAUGGAAUAACAACUCCUGGAACCCACCCACCCCCCUCUCCUCCUCUCACAAAAUUCUUUGUUCUUCCAAUUCUAGUCAUCUUUCAUCUCGUUAUCGAAAAAACAAUCAUUACACUCCUUCUCCGAUGGCCGGCGCCGCCUCGGCGCUUUUCCUUCUCGACAUCAAAGGUCGUAUCCUAAUUUGGCGCGACUAUCGUGGAGACGUCUCCUCCUCUCAGGCGGAGCGUUUCUUCUCCAAGCUCCUCGAUAGACAGAUUGAUCUACAAUCUCAGGAUCCCGUGGUGUAUGAAGAUGGAACCACUUACAUGUUCAUACAACACAACAACAUUUACUUGCUCGUAGCAACCAAGCAGAACUGCAACGCGGCCAGCCUUCUUCUCUUCCUCCACCGCACAGUUCAGGUUUUCAAGCAUUACUUCGAGGAGCUAGAGGAAGAAUCUCUCAGAGAUAACUUCGUCGUUGUGUAUGAGUUGCUCGAUGAGAUUAUGGACUUCGGAUUCCCACAAUUCACUGAGGCGAAGAUCCUGAGUGAGUUCAUCAAGACGGAUGCGUACAAGAUGGAAGUUGCGCAAAGACCUCCCAUGGCUGUGACGAAUGCAGUCUCCUGGCGCAGUGAAGGAAUCAAGUAUAAAAAGAAUGAAGUGGGUAUAUUAUGUGUGUUUCUUGAUGUGGUGGAAAGCGUAAACAUUCUUGUGAAUAGCAAUGGGCAGAUCAUACGAUCCGAUGUUGUCGGGGCACUGAAGAUGAGAACAUACUUGAGUGGCAUGCCCGAGUGUAAGCUUGGCCUAAACGAUAGAAUGCUAAUGGAGGCUCAAGGUCGAACGACCAAAUCCAAAUCGAUCGAUCUCGAUGACAUCAAAUUUCACCAGUGUGUUCGUCUGGCUCGAUUCGAUAACGAUCGGACGAUAUCCUUCAUACCUCCAGACGGGUCGUUCGACCUGAUGACAUACAGGCUCGGCACCCAGGUGUCAGGUGAGACCUCUUAUCUGGGUAGAAUCUUUGGUCGAAAGACACUCGAGAAGUCGUGUCGAAUUGAUGGUGAAAGCUCGCAGCCAGUACAAGGAGCGAAGGUGGUGACUUCCAAUGCAACCAAUGUAGAAAUAAUGUUGCCAGUCCCAUCUGAUGCUACAAACCCUAAUGUUCGGACAUCGAUGGGCUCGGCGAUAUACGCUCCGGAGAAUGAUGCACUUAUAUGGAAGAUCAGAUCCUUCCCUGGCAGUAAGGUAAAAGAGAGACAACUUUUUAUGUUUUUACAUUAUCAAAACGCUUCUACUUAAAAAUACGCUUUUGACUACAUUGUGUAGGAGUACAUGUUGAGGGCUGAGUUUGGACUUCCAAGCAUAAGAAGCGAUGAGGAUGUGUUGGAGAGAAAAGCUCCCGUCAGAGUGAAGUUUGAGAUCCCUUAUUUCACAGUGUCUGGAAUUCAGGUAAGGUACCUGAAAGUGAUUGAGAAAGCUGGAUACCAGGCACUUCCAUGGGUUAGAUAUAUAACAAGGGCAGGUGAAUACGAAUUGAGAAUGGCUUAUAAUAAUUAGAAGAAAGAUAGCAAGUGCAACUACGUCCUUUACGAUGAAAUUGUAUUCCACAUUUUAAAGUCGUAAGGCACAAGGUAGGUUUUUCGUAAAAAAAAAUUAAGAAAGGGGGAAAUGGGGCAAUGUUGCUGGUUUAGAAACUUUUUGGGAUCAAGUAAUUUUUAUUUGUUUAUUUGUGGAUACAGUGAGCCAAUAUUUAUUCCUCUCCAAUAUAUUGUCUACUUAGAAAUAAUUUUUUGUAUUGUUCUUACUUCAUAGUAUAUAUUAUCCAAAAACUUAUUUGAAUGUGAAUGUGAAUGUGAAUGUGAGUUAUCAUAA